CUUUCAAUAUUAAGUUUUUUCCACGAUCAUUCAUACCUAGUCAGGGCAGGCUACCUUUCCAAGUCAACACAUCUUUAUUAGCAGCCAAACUCUGAAUUAAUACACAAAAUCGAUCUUAAGCAUUUAUAUAUACAUGUGAAACCCUCUGGCAAUGGUAUAACAAUUUUGUGAUCAAAGACAAUGAAACUGAAGGCAAAACACACGCACCUGAGGUUGUUAAUAGUAUCAAUAGCCGUGGUAUUAGUAGCUGUUGCAGCAGAUGAUGAAACACCCCUUGCUUCACCACCAAAACAGGCCCUAUCUGGCUGCAACUACACUUGUGGAGACAUCGAAAUUCCAUAUCCUUUCGGGAUUGGAAUAUCAUCUACAGACCAAAAAACCUGUUACUUAGACUCCAAGUUCAGUCUCAAGUGCAAUAACUCGAGAUUGUACUGGGGCAACGUGCGAGUUAACAAUAUAUCCAUCGACCUGGGGGAGAUGGAUGUGUUGUUUAACAUCUCUAGGAAAUGCUAUAGGCAAGAUGGAAGCAGUUUUUGGUCCUACCCCUGGCUCCACACGGCUAGCUUCAGCAUUUCAAGCACUGAGAACAAGUUCAUAACCGUUGGCUGCAACAAUUAUGGCUAUCUCAACAGCAAUUACAAUGAUGAGGUGUACUCGACUGGGUGCCUAACAAGAUGUAAUGGUGGCAAUAGAAUGAUCAACAAUGGGACGUGUUCUGGGAUAGGGUGUUGCCAGGUGGAUAUUCCUCCCAGAAUGAGGAAUAUCACCGUGCAAGCGUUCGCGUUCGGGUUCUCAAAUUCAACGGAAGAGUGGUUGGGGAGUUGCAGCUAUUCAUUCGUCGCGAAGAGCGGCUCAUAUAAUUUCUCUGUGCAAGAUUUAGUAGAUUUGCCUUACCCGAAUUUCCCCUUGGUUAUUGACUGGACCGUAGGGGAUAAGAGCUGUAAUGUUUCUGAGAAGGGAAGUGAUUAUGUGUGCAAGAAGAAUAGCUAUUGUGAUGAUGAGGGUGUGGAUGUUGGUUACCGGUGUAGAUGCAAACCUGGAUUUGAGGGAAAUCCAUAUCAUCCUGAUGGCUGCAUAGAUAUCGACGAAUGUAAGUCAUCGAACAAUAUAUGCAUUGAUGAACAUCAUUGUCUAAACACCAACGGAAAUUACACAUGUUUCUGUCCUGAGGGGGAAACCGGAACUGGAACAAAGGAAGGGAGUUGCCAAAAAAGUGAUGUCCGCACCAAGGUUAUCAUUGGAGUUGGAGCAGGAUUUAUAGUUCUAUUUGUGGCGACUGCAUUGUUGUACCUAAUGUACCAGCGAAGGAAACUAAUCAAGUUAAAAGAGAAAUUCUUCAAUGAGAAUGGCGGUUUCAUUCUACUGCAACAAUUGCGUGCAAGAGAAGAUUCCUCCCAAUCAGCUCAAAUAUUCACAGAAGAUGAACUCAAGAAAGCCACCAGCAACUAUGAUGAGGGUUUAAUCAUUGGUCGAGGAGGUUAUGGUAUAGUUUUCAAAGGAAUUCUAUCGGAUAAACGAAUCGUUGCGAUCAAGAAGUCCAGAAUUGCAGAUAAGAGUCAAAUCGAGCAAUUCAUUAAUGAAGUGGUUGUUCUGUCCCAAAUCAAUCAUAGGAAUGUGGUCAAACUCUUGGGAUGUUGUUUGGAGACUGAAGUUCCUUUACUAGUUUAUGAAUUUGUUAGCAAUGGUACCCUUCAUGAUUUUAUUCAUAGUGAAGGAAAGGUGGAUAAUGUAACAUGGAAAACUCGUCUGAGGAUUGCGGCCGAGGCAGCUGGAGCAUUGUCAUAUCUACACUCAGCCGCCUCGGUACCGAUUAUCCACAGAGAUGUAAAGGGUGCCAACAUUCUUUUGGAUGACGCUUACACUGCCAAAGUGUCAGAUUUCGGAGCUUCGAGAUUGGUCCCACUUGACCAAACUAAUAUAGCCACAAUGGUGCAGGGGACAAUUGGAUACUUAGACCCGGAGUAUAUGCAAACACAACAACUAACAGAGAAAAGUGAUGUAUAUAGCUUUGGUGUAGUGCUUGUAGAGCUUCUAACAGGGGAGAAACCUAUCUCUUUUGACAGGCCGGAAGAGAAAAGAAGUUUGGCGAUGCACUUUCUAUCUUGCUUGAAAGAGGAUCGCUUGUUUGAAGUUGUUCAAGUUGAAAUCAUGAAUGAAGAAAAUAAGCAAGAGAUCAAGGAGGUUGCUAUUCUUGCUGCAAGGUGUUUGAGGCUUAGAGGGGAUGAAAGGCCUAGCAUGAAGGAAGUGACUAUGGAGUUGGAGGGAUUAAGGCUAAUUGAGAAGCACCCUUGGACCAGUAAAGAACAAGAUUUAGACGAGACUCAAUACUUGCUUGGCAAGGCAUCAUCUAGUAUUUAUGAAACUGGUGAUAGCAGCAACUUUGGAUAUACUACUGGGUACGACAGCUUGAAAGAUAAUGUCCCCGUUGCAUUGAAUGAUGGAAGAUAAUUGGGACAUGUAAACUACAUUCUGUUUCUUAUUACCUUAAAAGUUUUGGUAAUAUUAUGUGAUUAACUGUGAGUUUCAUCUUGUUAGUUGGUAAGCAAGUAAGUUAAUUAACUUCUCUAAGAUAAGUAUAUAACACUUGUACCAUAGAUAUUUUUGUGAGUAAUAUUCAUUUCAUUCAUAAA